GCUUUCGAGCAGCCUCUGCUCGAUUCGACCGACGUCAACUUUGGAUUCGCAGGUCCUCCCUAACCCAGUAAAACCUGCCUCGUUCGAGAUCGCAGGCGACCGCGGAACCAAAAAAAAACCUCCCCUCUUCCAAAAGAGCAGCACACCCUUGAGGGAGGCAUUGUCUUGGCCGUAACGGCAGCCCUAGACACGAUGUUGGCUCCCGCGACGACGACAGCAACGCGCCUGGGCGCACUCGGCCUCCAGCUCCAGGUCACGAUCGCCAGAGGAGCCAGCACCACCUUACCAUACUCCUCGCUAGCUUCGUCGCUGUCGCUAGUCCAGCGUCAAUGCGCCCCAGCCCGAUGCUCCAGGUCGAUCUCGACCGCCACAGCCUCGAAGGCCCGACCCUGGAGCGGCAGCAGGAGAGCCCCGCGCGCACAGUCCCGACCCCAGUCCCCUCUCGUCGUAUCGCGCCGCCACGCAUCGACCGCCGCCCCCGCCCCCGCCGGCGCAGACAUCUCCAGCUCAGGACUCGACUGGAACGCCUUCUUCACCCUGCGAAAGACGCGCCGACGCUUCCAGGUCGUCAGCAGCCUCUUCACCAUGGCGGUCGGCGGCACCGGCGGCGCCAUGUUGCUCGUCAACGUGGACAUGGAUUGGCUGUUGAAUAGGGUCCCCAUGGACCCCUUCUUCGCUCUCGGCAUCAUCACCCUCAGCUUCUCCGGGCUCGGCUGGCUCGCCGGCCCCAGUCUCGGCUCCUCUCUCUUCUACCUCUUCAAGCGCGGCGUCAAGAAGCCCAUGGCCGUCAAGGAGUCUGAAUUCUUCGCGCGUAUCAAGAAGCACAGGGUCGAUCCUAGCAACAGCUCGCUGAGCGGCAACGCCGUUCCCGAUUUCUACGGCGAGAAGAUCUCGAGCGUAGCAGGCUAUAGACAAUGGUUGAAAGACCAAAGAGCGUUCAACAAGAAGCGCACCAGCUUCGUCUAAUGGCAGAGAACGGCCUUCCGGAAGGUUGUCGGGGUACAGGUGAAGAGAAUUUACAAACCCCCUUACGAGUUUUCAUGUCCUGAUAUUGAGAGAGUACAUCCCACCGUAAAAAAAAACAGUUGCAGAUAUCAACGGAUUG